UACUCCGCCGGCGUUUGUGUGAGGUGCAAUCAAUUAAAGAUUUCGUAAUUUUCAAACUUGCUAACCCUCUUUCACAACCACACUCGAUGUAUUUUAAGUCCCAGCUAUACACUGAGGUUCUCCCAAACGUAAUAGGGAAAAUCCUAACGAAGUGGUGAAAUCUCGGAUGUUCACCUCCCCGUUGAGUGAGUUCAGCCACCUGCCUACUGCUGCCAUUGCUCAGCAAACAGCCAUCGCUGAACAAAAGCAUCAAUAACAUCACUAUGGUUUUCGAGGAGGAAUCCACGUCUGUCAGCCCUGUGGACAUAGAGGGAUUUACUUUACAAAAUAAGAGCCCCCUCUCAUGUCCCCCGUGCCCUCCAGUUUCCCUCUCCCCAUGCAGGGUGGCUACGCCCGCCGGCUCCCCCCUCCCUUCCCUCACCCAGGCCCAAGCCUUCAGCCUCAACAAAAACAGCACCCUGUGCCUCCCUGUGUUUUCCGCGGACAACAAGCUGCUGUGGGUCCACUCCAACUCCAUCGCCCAGGAAGUAGCCCACGCGGCCGACACCCUGGACGGGGCCUUCGAAGUGUUCCCUUAUCCGAAGCGGGAGGAGAUGGCGAAGCUGGCACGGCGCUGCUCCCUGCACCUGGACCACGUGCGCGUGUGGUUUAUGUUCCAGCGCCUCCACUACGGCAUCAGCUGGGACUAUGCUGACAUCUGCGCGGUCCGAAGGAGGCUGCUGGGCCCGGGGCGCCAAAGACCGGCGAAAGCGGCGGUGGUGGUGGGGGGGGAGGACGACCCACAGGCGGCCGUCCGUACGGACGACCCAGGAGGCUGCUGGGCCCGGGGCGCCGACGACCGGAGGGUGGAGACCCCCGGCCGGCCCUGUAAAAGAAAGCUGGGGGAGGAGAAUGAAAAGGGCAAAACGAGUGCCAGGGACAAAGGGGACAGGGCACGGGUCAGGAAGGGGGCAAAGUCGACGGAGGAGGAGGACCCCCCAAAGAGGAAAGACGGGGAGCCCGGACGCGUCGAAGGAGGAAUGGCGUUGCUCACGAACCAGGAGCCCGUCCCUGAGAGCACAGCAUCCCCGACGCCCUCUCCUGUGUCGUCUGUACGACGUCCGGACAGACGACACAGGAAGAAGAAGAAGACGCCCUUUGACCUGUUGCCCAAAGUUCAGGUUAGCGAGAUCCCGCUUGCCAGCAAGGGCCACAGGGGGCCACCGGGGGCCGGUGAGAACCACGCAGGUCGAAAAGCCGACUCGACGGCAACUGUGAGCAGAGACGACGAUGGCGUAGACGGCGUCGCCCCCGGCAAUGGCUCCGCCCACGGUAACACGUCAGCCCUCGGCGACCUAGGCACGUCGAAGGCCAAGGCCAGUACGCCGGACGCCAAACCCAAGAACAAGACCAAGGAGCAGCUGGAGCAGCUGCGUCGGGCCUUCCUGGCCUGCCAGUACCCCAACCCGUGCGACUACGACUGGCUUUCGGAGUGGACGGGCCUGCAGCGCACCCGACUGAUCCAGUGGUUUGGCGACACGCGCUAUGAGAUAAAGAACACCGAGCCCCGCUGGAUCACCCCCGGGGACCAGCAGCGGGUCCUGGCUCGCAUGCGGCAGCGGCAGAGGAUGAAGCACCUGUGUACGGGGGAGGCCGGGGCCGGCCGAGAGGCGGCCAGCGGGCCCGGGGCUGGGACCUGGAGGUUGAAGCUGGAGGAGCGGUCGAUCCCCAUCCCCAUCUCCACCGCUCCCGCCCCUGCUCACUGAGGCCGAGGAGGUGUACGAGGCCAUCGUGGGGAGACCUGCCGGAAGGAGGCUCAGGGCUUUUGGAUGGUUGUGUAAAGACAUCGGUGUCUUUAGUUCGUUUGGACCCGGGAUUUUUGUUUUGUUCAGUUUCUAAAAUUCUAAUGUUUUAUGUUUACCUUCAUGUGUAAAGCAGGAUUUUCCUUUCUGAUGUUAGUAAAGAAUUGGUUCUCUUCUUGUCAAACAUUUGCUCUUUUUAUUUUACACCACAGAUUAGAAAACAUCACUCAUAAUUCCUAAUAUACAAAAUAACAGAAAUGCAAUGAGACUUGAAUGCCAGUCUUCUGCUAGGAAGUUAUAUUCUGUUAGAAA